GUCGGUGCGUCGAAACGCUGAGUUAGUUCACUAUAUAAUUGUGUAUAAAAGUAGCUGGAUCGAUUAUCGACUCGCCAGUUGAUGGCAAAGAUCCGCUGCGCGGCGCAAGUUGAUCGCUCGUGCAAGUUGAUCUCGCGAAAGUGCCGAUCAUCUGGUUUUUUCGUGAGCAAAGCAAACGCAAUAAUACAUUAGAAAAAAUACAUUAGAACAUGCGUCUAAUUUACUCGUUCGUCGGCAUCUUUUUGAUCGCGGUGUGUCUUUCGUGCCGUUGCGAAGCCGGCAACAAGACCGCGUUUGUGAACACCGACAAGUCGAAACUUAACAUUUUAGCUGUCUUUCCUCACCUCGGCAAAAGUCACUUCGAUGUGUUCAAACCGCUCGUGGAGGAGCUGGCUCGUCGAGGUCACAACAUUACCGUGAUCUCGCACUUCCCCAGAAGCGAGAGCGCCAAAGCUAAGGAACCUCUGCCCGCUUACAAGGACAUCAGCCUGGUGGAUCCUAAGAUCGGUGUCUUCGUGAACAUCAUAGACCUUCAUCAGGUCGGCCAAUAUCAGUCGAUAUUUGGUCCUUUGAUGAAUCUUAUCAGUCUCAGAGUCUUCGCUGAUCAAGGAUGCGGCAUGAGCCUUCGAAACCCAGACGUCACGAAACUCCUUCGAUCCAACGAGACGUUUGACGUGAUUCUUAACGAGAACUUUAACACCGAUUGCUGCCUAGGUUUUUCUUAUCGGUUCAAAGCGCCCUAUCUGAGUCUGUCGUCGCAUCAGAUCAUGCCGUGGACUAACGAAGACAUGGAUAACGAGGACAACCCCAACUACAUCCCGUCAAUAUUGACGGGCUACACCAGACCGAUGAGUUUUGUCGAUAGAAUAAUGAAUACGUUGAUUAUGUCAACGCAAAAGAUAAUGUAUGACUAUUGGUUUCGACGUAAAGACAGAGUCUUCGCGGAAGAGGCUUUUGGUCCCGACCUCCCUGAUUUAAAAGAGAUCGCCAAACAGGCGCAGGCGCUGCUGGUGAACACUCACUUCAGCAUUCACGGCAGCAGGUCUUACGUGCCAAAUGUGGUGGAGGUUGGUGGACUUCACAUUCCGUCCAAAAUUAGUCCGCUACCGAAGGACAUCGCCGAAUUUCUCGACAAUGCGCACGAAGGUGUGCUCUAUUUCAACAUGGGCUCCAUGAUUAAGUUAACGACAAUGCCGGAAGAAAAGCUAGACGUUAUAUUCAAAGUGAUCGGCUCGCUACCGCGGAAAGUGAUCUGGAAAUGGGAAGCUGACGAGCUGCCGCGCAAAUUGGACAAUGUGAUGAUCAAGAAAUGGCUGCCUCAGUUUGACGUGCUAAAUCAUCCGAACGUCAAGUGUUAUCUGGGCCAUGGCGGUCUUCUCGGACUCUCGGAAGCAGUCUAUGCAGCUGUGCCAAUGGUUUUAAUCCCGAUGUUCGGCGAUCAGCAUCACAAUGCAGGCGCUUUGAAGACCAGAGGUUCCGCAAUAGUGCUCGAAUACAAUAAUCUGAACGAGCAGUUGCUCAAACACGCUCUGGACGAAGUCUUCAACAAUACCAGUUACCGCGAGAACGCCUUGAGGGUUUCGAGGGCUUACCGUGAUCGACUUGCCACCCCGUUGGAGACGGCGGUAUGGUGGACGGAAUACAUCGCCCGUGGCAAUGGCAACCCUUACUUGCACAGCGAUCGCGCGGCUCUGUCCUGGUACCAGCGUUAUCUCAUCGACGUCGGGCUCGUUUUGAUUAUCUUCUUCGCGGCGCUCAUCUACAUCCUCUUCCGGUUGAUCAAGCUGCUGCUGUCGUUGCUCCGCGCCGUCAAAGGAACGAUGCUGGGGGGUGAUGCGUCUGCAAAGAAGUGGAAGAAGGUGAACUGAUGGCAGACGCGUCGUGUCAAGAAAAUGAUUACGAGCGAAGAGAAAACGGGGGUUUUUUUUUUUUUUUUUUUCGAAAGUGUCGACGGUGAAAUUACGACGAAGUCAAUUUCGACGGAAGAGAAUGUAAUCGACGGGCGGAAAUAAAUCGACCAUCGCGGAAAAAUCAUUUGUCAUAAAACUUGUCAGAGAAGAGAAAGAGAGAGAGAAAGAGACUCUUGCUCUCGUUUGUUAUUAAAAUCUCUCGUUCGUAUAUCUUUCACGCGGCUGCUCAGAUUAUCGACGUGCGAUAUUUACAGGCGAAGUUACACGGUAACAAACGUGUCGGCUGGUUAGAGAGUUUUAAUUAUUAUCGGCGAUUAUUUUUUAUCCGGAAGAACUGUGUGUGUGUGUGUGUGCGAGCGAGUCUUAAAAACUGAAGUGAAGCAUAUAAAGUCAAUUCUUCAGAUAUUUCUGCAAUAUUUUACGAUAUCCAAGUAUAACCGUUAACUAAAACUCGUUCGAACAACGCGCAGAUGGUGUAAAACUUAUAGUUUGCCAGGUUUUUUUUUUUUACCACGUCCCGUUUUAUAUAUGGGAGGACGGCGAAACUAUUCUUCAUUUUCUGCCGAGUUGCGUCGCUUAAAGCAUUUGUUCCUUCGUUCCGGCUGCAGUCCAAGUUAAAGAGAGUUCAUUACUUUUAUUUCGCGCGCAUGUUACCAUUCGCGUAGACGCACACACUAGAGAAAUAAAAAAAAAA